AAUGGAGUUGGAUGCAAAUGCUAAAUUGCAACGCUACUGCUAUCUCGGCGGCUUUGAACCCGUUUACGUUCAUCUGCGUGGUUCAGUGGAUGUGCAUAAAUACUGGCCGCAGCUGCAGGUACUUUGCCAAGCGUUGGAUGACGUUUCAAUGGUUAUGAUAUUGAAACAAGCUCUACAGGAGACAACGUUAGUGCGACGUGAUGAGUCGCUCUUCGUAUAUGCCGUCUACUUAGCUAGUGACAUCGAAAUUAAAUGGAAAACGUCGUUAAGAAAAGCAUUUCCGGCAUUAAUACGAAAUGAUGAAGACCUUUUCCUAUUUUGUAAAUAUGCUACACUCAUUCGGCGAGAACAAAAUCAUAAGGGUUUUACUAAUACCACACGCAAAGCCAUAACAUCCUGGUAUGAGAAUCAGUCACCCGAUGAGAUACGUCAAAUGUGGCUGACGCAUCGAGGUGCACAUGGCUUUACGCACAAAUCACUUAUAAAGCUAUGUCACAUUAACGAUGAAACCAUAGGUGCUGCGGGUGUGGUCACCCCAUUUUUCAAAACCUGUACGGAAUUACUUAAAGCAUCUGAAUCUAGCGAAACAGCUAUUGAAAAUCAUGUAGAUGUUACAAACCGAGCAGAAGACGAGAAGAAAGCGUCCAAAGCAACCGCUGCUGAAGUUGAAAAGACCAAAAGUAACACAGAAAUGUACCCAACUGCUGUUCUGUCAGUAAGCAAACUACGCACAACUAAGAACAAGGCAGAAGCAUUGAAAAUCAUUCGCAAAUUCAAACUACGUUACAAUCAAGUACCAGGCCAUUUGUUACGAUUUGCCCCUAUCAUGGAGACUUUAAUACCAACCAUGUCUUAUAUUCAACUGCUAAAGAGUUGGCGCAAUCUUGCUCGCUACAAUCACUUCGAUAAUCCAAAGAUAAUGAAACUAUGCCAGACAUUAUUUGAAAAUAAGAAGCUAUUGCGCAAAGACAAUAUUCAUCCAAUUGUGUUCCUCAUGCAAAUGCGUGACUUGGGCUUGCGCGAUGACAUAGCAAAGGUGGCACCCAAACGGAUCGAAUCACUGAAGAUGCCGCUCUUGAAACAGCUGUACGAACAGUCAUUCGGCAACAAUCAAAGUACUGGCUUGCGUAUGCAUAUCACCAUUAAUAUUCAAAAAAAUUAUAGGAAAAAACCUUUAAAGAACCACAAAAAAUUAGGUUUUCUCGAAGCAGCUAUAACAUUAGCAUUAGGCUACUACAAAAAAGAGAAAGAGGUUGAUGUGUUUUACUGGGUCGAUGAUAAGCUUACUUUGGGACAGUUGCCUUGGGAGCGAGAAAUUAGUGUGGAAGAUGCACUUGGCUUUUGCGAUAUAUUUGAUAUUACAAAAACAAAUCAACGUUUAAUAACGCCAAUUUUGCGUGCUAUGGAAAGAAAGCAAACAUACGAUGUGUUCUUGGUUAUUGUCCCAACUGCCGGGCGUGGUAAUCCCAAACAAACUUCUGAAUUUCUAUGUAAAUUUUUAGACAAAUAUCGCGAAAAAAAGAAACCCGAAAGCAAAGUAAGUAUUUUUGUGUUCGUCAUUCUUGAUUUACUCAAGUUUCGCAAAUCAAUGCGCUAUUCGGAUACACGCAAUGAAAAUAUACUCGAAAUUUGUGGUUUAGAUGAACACACCACUAAUAUAAUAAAUAACUUCGCUUUGAAUCACUUCGGCUAAGGUUCACACAAAAUCUUAAAACAACAACGCUGAGUGGCGCAUAAGUAGCAAGCAAGAAGUAUAAUAAACAAAAUUGGUUUGCUUAGAGGGCAAGUAGAAAGUUAAAAAAAAGAAAUUUUCCUUCGCGAGAGAGGGAAAAGAAUCAUUAACUUAAAUAUAAAAUAUUUUGGUGACCAUGAUCACGGUUAAUACACACACAUACAUACUUACAUACAUAUAUGCAUAUGAAUAAGCCACUUAAAAUAUUGUGAGUGGCGUGAAGUAUAAUUAUGCCACUUUAUUAGACGAGUAUAUGAUAAUACUUUCAUAGAUGCUCUACUUACAUAUUAACCAUAUGAUAAGUAUAACUACAUGAUUAAUAUUAUCAUAGAUUGUAGUGUGCAUAACCAUGAAAGAAACUUUAAAUGGAGGUUUAGUUAUUUUUUUUUUGUAAGCCUUAGUUGGUAAUUGUUCUAUGUUUUGUUAAUUUCUGAACUACGAAACUUUUCUUUAACAAUUCGUGAAGUUACAUACAUUUAUUUUAUUUUCAAACUUAUAUACCUCCACUUUGAGUAAACAUAUUCCUAAGUGAUUUGUUUUUAUAUUGUUAAUUACAAAGUAAUUAUAUUGUAUUAAUGCUUGUCUCAAUUGUUUUUCACGUUUUCUGUUAUACUAGUUAACCGCCGUUCAAAUCGUACUUUUAAAGUAAUGAACAAGAAAAAGCCAAACAAGCAAAAAAAUAAUGCAAUUGAAAAUUCGAAUACAAUACUAUUGAAAAGAUACAAUCAAAUCAAAAUUAAUCGAAAUCAUACACGAAACUUACCCGUAUGGAUGCUAAAAUGAAAUGCCUUAAGAAAAUGAAAAAAAUGCGAAAUAAUUCGAAAUGCAAACUACCACUUAAGUUAUACCUACUUAACUAAAUUAUUGUGAAUUAUAAUUAUAUUUUGUAUCAAUGAGUGAAUAAAUGGUGAAAAUUUACUAAUGAAAUUAUUUAGUAAAGCUCGUGUAAUUGGCACAAAUACGCGCAAUAAACAUACCUACAUAAACAUAAAUCUAUUUAAAUAUGUAUGAAAUAAUUAUGUAAACAAAAACGAAACUUAAAACUGAUACUGAAACAGAACUGAUUCGAAAUAGCAAACAGAACUGAAAACUAAAAUUUGUUUGGAAUUUACAUGUGAUUUUUAAUUUAACAAAAAAUUUAGUUUAGAAGUAUAUAUUAUUUACACUAUAAAUAUACCAUACAUUUAAUCACAUACAUACAUAUAUACACAUUAACUCACACCGAUACACAAGCGAAAUAAUUUGCACCAAGUAGUAGAAGCUGUGCUAGUUGGAAUGCAAAAUGUGGGUACAUUCAUAAAUGUAAAAAAGCAAAAGCAUUUUCUGACGAACGUGUAAUUUUGAGUUGUGUCACUUUUGAAGAUCGUGUGCGAUAUGUACAUAUAACUCUUGAUAUGUAACUUCCUUGGGCCUGCUUCAAGUUAAUCAUUUUCGAAAUUCCAAUUAGCAUAAUGCUUAACAAAUUUUAGCAGGAAAGCAAAUAAAGAAUCUCAUUUAAUUGUGUUAAAGAUACAUGCAUAAAUAAUCAUAGAAAAAUACAUACACGAAAUUAUAAAUUCCGUGGGAAAGGAACCUAGUUAAAUAAACGAAAGAGUUAAAGCAAAGGAAUAUUUAUAUAUCAGAAACAAUGCUGCCAAAUUCCAAUGUGUAAAAUGCAAUAUAGCCGAGAUUUCCAAGUAACAUUUGACUAAAAACAUUGAAAAAAUACCACAAAUCGAUUAGAAUGUUAGUAGUUAAUAUUACAAGGAAAUGGUAAAAAUUAUAUGCAACUGCAACUAAAUGAACAAUAAACUAAAUAAAUUUAAUUACUUGAAGUAAAUAGUGAAAUUUUUGUAUUGACAACUGAAAUCUAUGACUGCCUUUCAAAAACUGGUUAAAUAGCAACAAAAGUAGCCGCAAACAAAACAUACGAAAUUGCCGUUAUCUAGUAAAAUAACUACAUAGGGAAAUGAAAAUUUAGGAUCUAUAUACGUGCCAUUCCAGGAAGUAAAUUACUAAAAAAAUGAAAGAAGGAAAGAUUUGAAAAUUCAAAAUUUCUUUAUUUUACUAUACAUAUUCACAAAAUAAUCGGCUAGAAUAAGUGACCAAACCAGUUGUAAAGUUUUGUGGGAAUAAAUGAAAUGAAUUAGUUAAAAGCAACUAAAACAAUAAAUUAACAUUUGAAUCUUUAAUUUAUGAUUUAUGUGUCUACAUACAACCAAUUACUACCAAAUCGAAUGUACGAAGAAUAAGAUAUUUAUAAUUAUAAUUAAAAUUUAAUUACCUACUACGUAUGUACGAUUUUCCUUUUAUUAAUUUUAAGUCUUAGAAUAUUUUGAAAUACAUAAAAAUAGAAAUUUGCGAAAUUUCCAAAACACACUCGUCUGUGAAAAACUGUUGUGAUCGCUAAGAAAUUUAAAGCAAAAAAUUUAAUGUUAAACGAACGAUAUACAUACAUACGUACAUAGAAAUUAAAUUGAGAAGUAUUAAAAUCGAAACGAAUCGAAAUAGAAAAGUAAACAAAAAUAAAAUAAACACACACAUACAAAAGCAAAGCAAAACUAAUUUUCGUUACUGGACCAACCGAAUGAAUUUGCAAUAAAAGUAAAAUAAGGCAUCACACAUGUAAAAAAAAACUACAAAACUACUAGAGCAAAAUUCAAGGUUAGGCAAAAAAGAAAAUCGACGACAAGCAAAAACAAAAGAAAUCAAGCGCAACCGAAAAGUACCUUUCAAAACUCCGAGUUAUCCUCAAAAUUUAAGCAAAAUACAUACACAAAAAAAUCUAAAAACGAAAUAGCACAAUAGCAAAAUGAACGAAACAAAAACGAAAACCAUAGUGCAUAAUUUGCUUUUCUUUUGUAUCUUAUUAAAAAAUAGGUUUUUAAUUUUAAUUUUUUUAUUUUAAGAAUUUAAUAAAAAUAAUCGUAAAAUUGUCGCAGCCAAAAGUGCAGAUAACUGUUACAGUAUAAAACAUAGCAUACCACACCAUAGGUAUAUACACUUUCACACACAUUCAUACACAUUCACACAAACAUACACAUACACUGCGUUGGACAACUGAAGAAGAAGCAACAUGGUAAAAGAAAAACAGAAAAUAGAACCGUUAAAAACUGAUGUGAUAUUUUUCAAAAACAAUGUAUGUACGAGUAUUACAAUGAAUUAGAUGAAAAAAUUGUAUAGCAAAAGAAAAUCGAACACAUAUUCGCAAAUGUAAGAACAUCCCCAACAUAAAAGAAAUUUGAGUUUUCUGAAUAUCCUCCUUAUAUUGCCGCAAGUAUUUAAGUUAUGAGAGAAUAUACAUAAUAGGUUCACUUUU